AUCGACCGUUAACAAUGGCAAGCACUGAUGUCACCGUUUUGCCCCCUUCGUCUGGAAUCGAUGAAAUCAGAACAGACGGGGCCAUCUGGAGAGGAAUCGUCAACUUCUUCAUUACCCUCUUCGGUCUCUUCGGCAACUCCUUGAUCCUGCGGGUUUACUGGCGCAAAGCGCGCAAAAGGAGCACUGAGGUUCUCAUCAUGGGACUGGCGGGCGUAGACCUGACGGUGUGCCUGCUGCGUAUCCGUAAUGUGGUCGAGUUCACGUAUACGAUCGCCGGGGUCGAAGUUCCGUUUGUUGUCCGGAUUCUGGUGGCUCCCUGCAGAAUCGCGCUCGGUACGUCGGUCGUAAUGACGGGCGUCAUCGCCUUAGACCGUUACGAUAGCGUGUGUCGGUUCAGCAAGCGGUUCCUCAACAAACGGCGAGCCAAAAUAGCCAUAUUGGUGUCGAUUGUGAUCGCCGUCGUGCUGGAGUCACCUAGCAUUCUGAGCGGCGUCAUCUUGUCUCCCAACCUGAAGAAAUUCGCCUAUGUUUGUUACAUUACCGGCUAUUUGACGAUUCUGCUCAUGACAACCGUUUGCUAUGGUAAUGUGUACGCGGCCAUAAAGAGACAACGUAAAGUCCACAUUGGAUUAGAGAGAACGAGCAGUGAACCUCCAGCCAUUCCUACCAUCAGCCACAACAUUCCCACACUUCUGAGAAGGGCUAAAGUAAGCCGGAUGCGAGUAGAACCUCUUGAUAGUGGAUCGGAAUGUGGUCCAUCAACGUCGGCAUCAACAUCAAUGAUGCGCAGAUCGGAACCUCAACACCCAACUUCAUCAACCUCACGUACGUCAACAUCCGAAUACCUAAGGCCUUAUGAACAAUGCAACUCAUCCAAAGCGCGGAGUCGACAACCAACUGAAGAGUCGACUCAAAAUGGAAGGCCUUUCCUAAAGCCUUCACCGGUAAGUGAUGCCCGAGGGCAAAGCUGGGCCGUACAGACAAGCGUCCUAAAACGCAUCCGAUGGAGGGAGCCUCCGUCUGGUAACCAGCCUUCCAUGAGGGAAUUGAUGCAGCGAAGGGUGACCCGCAUGCUGUUCAUUACCAGCGUGGUGUUCUUGUUGACCUGGCUGCCCUUUUGGAUCUAUGUCGCUACGGAUCUGUUUGUGCUGAACGGUGGGACAGUUGACCAAGGUGUCCUCGCCAAGAUGUUUAGUUCCGCAAUCUUGUCGGCAGUCAACAGCACCGUGAACCCGCUUAUCUACGGACUCGCUAAUAGGCAAUUUCGUAAGGAUUGCGCAGUCCUUUUUCGAAAAUAA